AGGCUGAUGGCGUCGGCGGAGCCUCUUGUGCCGCUUGGAGGGUCGAAGCGGCUCCUGGGAGAAAGAGAGGAUGCCAAGAAUUGCACUCUGGACAACAGAGAAUGAGAAGCAGCAUUAAAGUGCAAAAUAAAGAAUCAAAAUAUUUUCCAAUUCCUCUGGAAAUUUUAAAAACUCUUCUUCCUCAACAAAUCAGGGAAAGAAUAACAACAAAAGAAAUGUUGAGCUGGAAAAAAUAUAGCAUGUGGAACUGAAAAAAAAAACAUUUAAUGAGAAAUCAAGGAGGUUAAUUUUUAAAUAAAGAAAAAGUGAGGAGCAACUUGAAGUCAGUGCGAAGAAAAAGGUUCCAUGUAUAGCCAAAGUUGGCAGGCAUUAAUUAAAGCUUUGAGGAAGGAAAGAAUGGCUUGAACUAAACAAUCACUAGGCAAGAGAUCCAAAAUAUUUUUCUCUGCCUCAAAGAUCCCCAAACCCCCCACAGACUACUUAUUUUGGAAAAGACAAAGAUUGCAGAUCACAUCUGAUUGAUUCAUAAGCCCAACCACCCUGUGAACAGCCAUACAGAUGCUUGGAGUGCAGCAGAAACUUUACACAGAACAGGUCUUGUGAUUUGUGGAAGGACCCCUACUGAAGAGAAACUCUUACCAGUGCUCCUCAUCUGACAAAAGAUUUAGCAUGCACACCAAUCUGCUGAUACACAAAAGCACUCACAAUGGGGAGAAACCAUAUGAGUGUCUGUAUUGUGGGAAAACUUUUCUGCAUAAUUCCAAGCUGGUGAUACACCAGAGGACUCACACGGGAGAGAAACCAUAUGAGUGUCCAGAUUGUGGGAAAAGUUUCAAUUGGAAUUCCGAGUUGGAAAUACACCAGAGGACUCACACUGGAGAAAAACCAUAUGAGUGUCCGGACUGUGGGAAAUGUUUCAGUCGGAAUUCCCACCUGGUGGAACACCAGAGGAUUCAUACAGGAGAGAAACCAUAUGAGUGUCCAGAUUGUGGAAAAAGUUUUCAUCAGAAUGCCAACCUGGUGAUACAUCAGAGGUUGCAUACUGGAGAGAUACCAUAUGAGUGUCUGGAUUGUGGGAAACUUUUUAGUAGGAAUUCCAAACUGAUCACGCACCAGAGGAUUCACACGGGAGAGAAACCAUUUGAAUGUCCUGAUUGUGGAAAAGGUUUCAAUUGGAAUUCUGACCUGGUGAUACACCAGAGGAUUCACACAGGAGAAAAACCGUUUGAGUGUCUGGAGUGUGGGAAAACUUUCAUUCGAAAUUCCCACCUUGUGCAACACCGUAGGACUCACACAGGAGAGAAACCAUAUAAGUGUCCAGAUUGUGGGAAAGAUUUCUAUAGGAAUUCCCACCUGAUAGUACACCAGAGGUCUCACACAGGAGAGAAACCAUAUGAAUGUCUGGAUUGUGGUAAAAGUUUCAAUUGGAAUUCUACCCUAGUGAUACACCAACGGACUCACACAGGAGAAAAACCAUAUGAAUGUCUCGAGUGCGGGAAAAGUUUCAUUAGAAAUUCCGACUUGGUGAUACACCAGAGAAUUCACACAGGGGAGAAACUGUAUCAGUGUCCAGACUGUGGAAAAAGUUUCAGUCAGAAUUCUCAUCUGAUGUUACACCAGAGGUCUCACACCGGAGAGAAACCAUAUGAGUGUCUAUUUUGUGGGAAAGGUUUCAGUCAGAAUUCCUAUCUGGUUAAACACCAGAGAAUUCAUACAGGAGAAAAACCAUAUGAGUGUCCUGAAUGUGGCAAAAGUUUCAUUCGGAAUUCUGGCUUAGUGAUACACUGGAGGACUCACACAGGGGAGAAACCAUAUGAGUGUCCAGAUUGUGGAAAAGAUUUCAGUAUCAGGUCUAGUCUUAUAAAUCAUGUAAGGUUACACACUGGGGAGAAACCAUUCAAAUGCCCAGAUUGUGGACAGUGUUUCACACAAAAUUCCUCUCUUACUGCACACAAGAAAUUCCAUAUCAAGCAAAAUUUGAUGUGUGUGGAGGAAUCUUGAAUUUUGUUUCUCUUCUCUCUUUGGAAGCCGAGUUGAGAAAUUAACCAUUUAAUUUUUUGCCUAAUUCUUUUUAGUCAAAAAUAUUUUAGUAUCAAACAUGAGGGAGGAGAUCUGAGCUUCCUUUCUCUAGAGUUGUGUGGUUGUUCCCUUUCACUGCAUCAAGCUGGGCCAGAGAAAAGGCACUUAGAUUUCUGUUAGUUAUGUUUGCCACCUUGUGUUAUUUCUACAUAGAAUAAA